UAGUUUGUAGUGUUGGAUAACGAACUACGUUAAAGAAGCUAGCCAGAAUAAUUGGCACAUUUUCGCCGUAAUUAUUAAAGUAUACGGGAUGGGACUCUUAUUUUGAAGGAAUCCAAGAAAAUCCGUGACCCAGAAGUGCUUAGUUAUACUUGCCUGCUUCACAAAACUAACAGCAUAGAACGAAAAUAUAAAUAAUUUCGCUCCCCUCUGACGAAUCCGUUUCCCCCUAUCCCUUACCUAUGGCUUCAAAUUCAAACAUAGAUAUAGAGGGUGCAACCCAGCAUCUUCGUGACAUAUUAAAGUUGGAUAGACCCGGGAACAACGUAGACGCAUCUCCAUGUGAGAGCCAAAGAAAAACAUCUUUCAAUGGCGAAUUGAAUGGACUUCUGCCGGGAGCUGGCAACAGGUCAACGAUGGAUGAAUCCACAGGCCCUAAUUCAGAGAACAUGAAUACCCAAGAGUGCCAGAUAAUCUGCCUCUCUGGGGAUGAUGGCUCCACUUGCAUUCCCAUCACAUCCAACAAUGUUGAAAUUGUGGCCAGUCGAGACUCAAGCAUUGACAGCAAGGCCCGUGGCAGCAACAAGGUAAAAAUCCAGCCUGUCGCCAAGUACGACUGGGAGCACAAGCAUUACUACGGCAACCUGAUUGCAGUUUCUAACUCAUACCUGGCGUAUGCAAUCCGAGGAGCAAACAACCAGGCCAUGAUCCGUGUGUUGAGCCUGGGGUCUGCCGAGCGCACCCUGCUGAAGGGCUUCACUGGUGCAGUCACAGACCUGGCCUUCGCCCAUCUGGACUCCACCCUGCUGGGAUGUGUUGAUGAAGCCGGCAACCUGGUCAUCUGGCAGCUCACCUGCCACAGCAGCAAGAUCCAGGAUCAAGUGGUUGUCCACAUCCGGAGGCCUGAAGACACACCUCUAAACUCCAAUAGGAGGUUGAUCUGGUGUCCUUUCAUCCUAGAGGACAAUGAAGAGAACCCUGAGGAUGCUAGCCAGACCCUGGCCCUGUUGCAUGAAGACAGGGCUGAGGUGUGGGAUCUGGAGAUCCUCCGCAGCAACAAUAGCACCUGGCCAGUAGAUGCCACUGACCUGAAGGACGGAGUUAUAACCAUAAAAGGACAUACAGAGCGUAUAAGUGAAGGUGCCCUGUCUCCAGAUGGCACAGUCUUGGCCACAGCCAGUCAUGAUGGUUAUGUAAAGUUCUGGCAAAUCUACAUUGAAGGACAGGACCAGCCAAGUCCUCUCCCCGGCUUCUUUCACAGAUGUCUGCAUGAGUGGCAGCCCCACAAUGGGAAUCCCCUCUCCUGCCUGCUGUUCUGUGACAACCACAAGAAACAGGACCCAGAUGUUCCAUUCUGGCGCUUUCUGAUUACUGGAGCUGAUCAGAACCAGGAGCUGAAGAUGUGGUGCACAGUGUCAUGGACCUGCCUGCAGACCAUCAGGUUCUCUCCAGACCCGUUCAACUCCUCAGUCCUGCCCAGUCUAAAGGCCAGCCUGGACCUCUCUGCAGAAUGCCUCAUCCUCAGCGACGUACAGAGAAAGGUGUUGUAUGUGAUGGAGUUGUUGCAGGACCAGGAGAAGGGCCAUGCCAGCUUCACAGCCGUGUCUGAGUUCCUGCUCACACACCCUGUACUCAGCUUUGGUGUUCAGGACGUCAGCCGCAGCCGCCUGCGCCACACAGAGGUCCUCCCCCCAGAUGAGGAGAGCGAGAGUAUGACUGCAGAGGGCAUCCAGGGCCCAAUGGAAUCCAGAGCUGGGAUCCAAAUAAAGCUAUACUGUGUCCACACAAAGUCUCUUCAAGAUGUGCAGAUCUGGUUCCAGCCAAACCUUGGGUCUGGCUCGUCGUUAUUUCUGCCUCACUCAAACGAUGGCUUUGGUUUUUCGGAUCACUUGACAGACAUGAGCAUGGAAGGUUUGAGCUCUGACAAGGAGUCCGGAUGUGGCUCCCAAAAUGAUCUCCGGAAGAUUCCCGCCCUUCCUGCUCCUGCUGACUUCAUGUCCCCCACUGGCGCCGCCGCUAUGCCCAAGCUCAUGACCCCUGACGCCUUCAUGACCCCCAGUGCUUCAGUCCCAGCCUCCCCAGGCAGCAGUGCCAGCAGCCUGAAAAUUGUGACAGCCAUGACCAGCAACUCUGACAGUGGUGCCAGGGGAGGAGAGGAGCUGACCCAGAACCCCAAGAUGUCUGUGGAGAGCAGUAGCAGUCUGACCCUCAGUGCGAGCACCAGCAGCCCCAGAGCCAGCUCCCUUCUCAUCUCAGGCCUAGGGGACAACAUGCCGGUGCUUCCCUCUCCAAACCCGCCCCUCUCGCUGGACCCACAGGUCAUUGAGCCUAUGCUGAUUCAGCAUGCCUCUCCCACCCUGGCCCGAUCUCCAGACGUCAUCUCAUCUGCCUCCACGGCCAUGUCCCAGGACAUCCCUGAGAUCGCCUCUGAGACGCUGCAGCGAAGCCUGGGGGUUGUGUCUGGAGCUGAAUCCCGAGACCCUCUCCCAGCCCUCCACACAGACAGCAUGGCUUCUGCAGCUUCAGCCCUUCACCACCUCUCUCCACGGAACCGGAACAACUCUGACCACGGCCACCUGACCCUGGAGCUGGUUGCUGGAGCAGUGGAGGCAGAGCAGAGGCUCAGUAACACUCCUUCACUACUGGAGAAUGCCCUGUCACAGGAGAAUGCUGCUGCAGCCGCCGCUGCCUCCUGCUCUGACAACACAAGCCACCCCUGGCCUGCAGCUCCUGACAUCACACGGGAAACGCGCAACAGCCUGCGGGACAACGGCCUAGGAGACUGCUCAAGGGAGGAAAUGAAGGACAGACACAUGUCCUCUCCAUACCACAGACGCACCUACCACUUAACCCAGAAUGACAGUCAGGACGCCAGUGCAGAACAAAGUGACCAUGAUGACGAGGUGGCCAGUCUAGCGUCGUCCUCCGGGAACUGUGGAGCCAGGUCGUCUCAAAGACUGCCAGUGAAGGAGUGGAAGAGCUCUCCCAGAGGCUCCCCUAAACUCAAGAGGAAGAGUAAAAAAGAUGACGGGGAUGCAUCUCAUGCCUCUCAGUCCAGGCAGCCUGAGCAUCAUAACCAUCAACAUCAGAUGAAUCCUGAGGUGCAGGAAGAGCUGCUGAUGCUGCUGCGUAACCAGCAGAGGGAGCUAGCGGAUCUCCGUCAGAGUCAGCUAGAGCUGCUGCAGAGAGUGACGGGCCACAUGGACGCCGUGCAGAGCUCUGUCAUAGCCCAUGUGGAGCACGUCAUGGUCAGCCAGCAGGAGCAUGAACAGAGGAGAAUGGAGAGAAUCCUAGCAGAGGGACAGAACCGUAACCAGCAACUCCAGGAACAUCUCUCCCAGCAGCUGGCUCAAACUCUCAACAACACCCUGUGUAACCGUCUGGACAAGACUCUCCGAGAGGAGAUGAAGAAAACUGUUCCUCCCACUAUUAUCAAGAGUCUGGAGCCUGUUACUGCCCAGAUGAAUAACACCAUCGCUGCUAAGCUGACGACUGUGGAGGCAGCACUGAAGGAGAACGUUAGCAAAGUCGUCAAGUCAAAGAACACCACAGAUGCAAUCGGCCGGGCAGCUGCUGAGGCAAUGCAGGGGCCUAUCCAGGCUGCCUACAAAGAUGCGUUCCAGAGCAUUGUGCUGCCUGUGUUUGAGAGGGGCUGCCAGUCUAUGUUCCAGCAGAUCAAUGACAGCUUCAAGCAGGGAACCCAUGAGUAUAUCCAGCAACUGGAGACCCAUGUGAAGAGCAGGAAGCAGCAUGAGCUGGAGGGCCAGGACCCUAUGAUUGGCCAGCUGCAGCAGAUGAUUGACACGUUCCAGAGUUCUACGGAUCAGCUGGCCACCACUGUCACAGCAAGUGUCCGCUCGGAGGUCCAGCACCAGCUCAACAUGACGGUGGGAAACCUGCAGGAAUCGAUCCUGACCCAGGUGCAGCGCAUAGUGAAGGGUGAGGUGAGCAUGGCCAUGAAGGAGCAGCAGGCAGCUGUGACCUCCAGCAUCAUGCAGGCCAUGCGCUCUGCUGCAGGCACGCCCGUCCCUACCCCACUCCUCGACUACCAGGCCCAGCAGGCCAACAUAUUGCAGCUGCUGCAGCAGGGACAGCUCAACCAGGCCUUCCAACAGGCCCUGUCAGCCUCUGACCUGAACCUGGUUCUGUAUGUGUGCGAGACCAUUGACUCCCAGCAGGUGUUUGGCCAGCAUCCCUGCCCCCUGAUCCAGCCAGUGCUGCUGUCCCUCAUACAGCAGCUGUCCACUAACCUGGCCACACGCUCUGAGCUCAAGAUCAGUUACUUGGAGGAUGCUGUGAUGAACCUGGACCAUGGUGAUCCGGUGACGAGAGACCACAUGAGUACUGUGCUGUCCCAGGUCCGACAGAAACUGUUCCAGUUCCUGCAGCAGGACCCACACAGUCCUCUUAGCAAGAGAGCCCGGCGCCUGGUGAUGAUGCUUCAGGGCCUGGUCAAUCACUAGUUCUGUACUUGGUGCCCAUCGAUGGAGCCCCUUCUCUUCCUGUUCUACUCCAAUACAGUUAGAAUAAGGUGCAGUGAGUUUCAUUGAGGUACUGAGGGGAGUGGCAUUUAGUUAGAGCUGUGAGCAUGUUGUGUAAUUGCUCUGAACUUCCUGUACCCACGGCUCUCUCUGAUGCAUUAUACAUUGCAAUUGAAUGUAUUUUUUGUAAUCCUCAUUUUUUUAAGUGGUAAAAAUGGCAAGAACUGACUGGUUUUUCCCUUUUUGGACUUGUAGAUUAAAGGAUUUUUCUCAGUUUGAAACCCCGGUUCAUCAUAAGAUCUAUGAACCUUGCCAUUUUCUUAUUUCAGUCCAUUUCCCUGUCAUAGCAGCAAGCGUUAGAGGGACAAAAACAAUCCUAAAUGUAGACAUUUAAACAGAUGGAUGGGCCCUUUAUGUUCUAUUAUGUUUUCUGUAUGUUCAACCAUUCUGUUAAAUCCAAAGUUCUGACUUUAGUUCAGAAUGGUAUUUUGCUUUGAGGGACUUCUACAGUAGGCUUUGAAUCUGCACUGUUAGUAUUGUAAUAAAGCCUUUCUCUGCUCUUUCCUAUAUAUUAGACUGACCAUAUUACUAUGUAAAGAGGACAGGAGUAUGCUUAUGGAGUCUGAGAAACUGAAAUGGCUGUCCUUGUACAGUUUUAUAGGGUCAUGGGCAACUUUUUUGUUGUUGUUGAUGGAACCUCUGUGAAAUUCACUCAUGCCCCUGAAAUCUUUAUUUUCUUUUGUGCCCCCUUUUUAAAAAAUAUAUCUCUCAACAGUCCUUAACAUUUGUAUGACUCAUAUACUUCCUCAGACUUAUUUGAAGUAAUUAUCAUCCAUAGUAAAUGCUUCUAACAUAUUGUUACUGAUUUAUGUCUCGCUUGCUUUUGGAUACCCAAGUAAUGUGUGUAAACCUGAUGUACUUAUCCUGGUCUCUAGAGGACAUCCCUUUGUGAAAAUGUGUGGUUUCUAUAUACGCUUACAAAGUCUAGUGGAAACGUACAGCAAAACUGGGGGGGUGGGGCCUGGUACAGACCUUUGACACUCCAAUGUUGGGUUGCAUUAUGAACGUCAAUUGCGCAAUGCCUGCUCUGCCACUGUGGUCAGUUUAUUGUAACCAUUCAAGUUACACAGAUUCAAGUGAAUAAGACUUUGUAGGUUUUCCAUCUCAAACCCUUUAUGUGCUACAAAACCUUUCUAUAAAGUGCCUUAUUGUACUUCACGCAUGGGAAUUUGCCAUCCACCACCUUUAGUCUGUUGUGCCAUUUGUAAACCAACUAUUUGCCUGACUAAAAGUUGGUGACUGGG